UGUAACUUUUUUCCAAUUCACCUUCAUUUAUUCAAUUCUUAAGGAAUUUAGUGGCUGCUCUACAUGUUGAGAUGUGUUAUAAUGAUGAUGGUUUACGGUACUUUGCAGGAUGCCAGCAUUGAAGAAACCAGAUUCAAACGUUGAGGAGUCUUACAAACCAGUUACGCCUUCUUCUGAGAGAAAAAAGUCGCUAGCAAGGGCAGUGGUGAAUAAACCCAAAGAGUUUGCUCACUUGAUAAAGAAUAAGUUCGGCAGUGCAGACAACAUCAGUAGUAUGAAAGACAGUUUAGAUGAGAGAGAAGACCUCAGUAGACAGUUUCUCACACCUUCCAAUAUCUCAGCCAUCUCAAGUGGAAGCCAUCCCACCAGUCAGCCUGCCAGUCACCAUGGUUACGGGAGCGAGGACGAGUGCUCCAGUAUGACCUCGGGGUCGGGAGGUCACAUGGCGCUGCACAGCCCCGAGAUCCAGCCCGGCCCGUCCUCCCAGUCCAUUCCAGCACAGGUGCUGCAGCCCAUCCUAGAGGAGCUGCAGGACAUGAGAAACAGUCAGGCACUCUUCCAGAACACCAUGGCCGAACUCAAGGUUUGUGCCUUUCAUUUGCAUACUCGGGACAACUUAAAUGAAGCCGUAACCACUUUUUUAUCACUUGAAAGAGGAGCUGCAGGAGAUGAGAAACAGUCAGACACUCUUGAAUUCCAGAACACCAUGGCCGAGCUCAAG